UGGCUGGCACAGAAAGCACGAGGCUGAUAUAAAAACAUGGCUCAAACUUUGAUCGAUGGGAAUUUACAACUGAUGGAGGACAUUUGAAGAUCGUCGUGCAAGUCGGAUUUAACCUUUGUGGACAAAACCUAUUGUUUGUGGAUUUAUUUUUCUGUCAUAUAAACUGCUGUUGUUUUGUUUUGUUUUGUUUUGUUUUUUUUAAACAUGGGGACACUGCUGUUAUUUGCUGUCUUGCAAGUGGUGACAGUCGGUCUGGUGACUGCGGGCUGCCCGGCGGUUUGCGAGUGUCCGGCGGGGCCUCCGUCCUGUCCCCCGGGGGUCAGCUCAGUCCCUGACGGCUGCGGCUGCUGCAAGGUGUGCGCCGCCCAGCUCAACCAGGAUUGCCACGAAGGACGGCCCUGCGACCACCACAAAGGCCUGGAGUGCAACUACGGCAACGAUGUGGGCCGAACCCACGGCAUCUGCAGGGCUAAGGCAGAAGGCCGCUCCUGCGAAUACAAUGGGCGGAUUUAUCAAAACGGAGAGAAUUUCCGCGCCGGUUGCAAGCACCAGUGCACCUGCAUCGAUGGAGCGGUGGGCUGCGUGCCCCUUUGCCCCAGCCAUGUGCCCCUGGCAUCGCCUUCCUGUCCUUUCCCACAGCUGGUCAAGGUGCCAGGCCAGUGCUGCCUCAGCAUCGACUGCCACAAGGGGACCACCGUCAUGCCCCCGGCGCACAGGCGGCCGCAACCUCCAGCUUACCCGCCUUACCCCUUCAUUCCCUACCCGGCCUACCCUUUCCCCAAGCCUUACCCCAAACCUUUCCGGAAGCUGUAUCCCUACAAACCCAAAAAGGAGAAGGACACCAUGGGCAACGAGCUGGUGGAGGUGGGGCGCAAAUGGGACAAGCCGCGUGGAAACAAGCACCUGGCGGCCUGGAGGCAGGUGGGAGAUCAGUGUGUGGUUCAGACUACUUCCUGGUCUCAGUGUUCUCGGAGCUGUGGGAUGGGCGUGUCCUCUCGUGUUACCAAUGACAAUGCCCGCUGUAAGCUGAUCAAGGAGACGCGCCUGUGCAACAUUCGGCCCUGCAGCUCCAUGUCCAUCCCCGUCAAGAAAGGAAGGAAGUGCUCUCGUACCCAUAAGGCCCCUGAGCCUCACCGUCUGUCCUAUGCCGGCUGCAGGAGCACUCGCCUGUACAGGCCCAACUACUGCGGCGUAUGCAGGGACGGCCGCUGCUGCUCGCCCCGCCGCACGCGCACCGCCAGCGUGACCUUCGCUUGCCCUGACGGCGAACGCUUCAACAGGUCCGUGAUGUUCAUCCAGUCCUGCAAGUGCAGCGACGAGUGCAACCAUCUUAACGAGGCCGCCAUGCCUCCACAGCGAUGGCUCUACGGCGACACACAUAAGUUUGUCGACUAGCGGUACCCCCCCAGCCCCCCCCCACCCCACCCCCAAACCUACAUUCCUUCACAAGACUUUAACUCCCCCAUAGAAUAGAUUAGCUGUCCUUAGUGUAUCUUUGAGUAGACGUGAGAAAAAGGUGCACACGUCAAAACAUCUUGUCUGGAAAAUAAUUUGGGGAGGAAUGGGGAGAAGAACGAAUCAGAUGGGCGCAUCUCCAACUUGGAAACAGCAAAGUGACCAGCCCCUGCUUUAGUGUAGAUAAAAAAGUAGUUCUGUUCCGGCCAGACUACUUCAGACUUUGACAAAAAUCUUUGUGGAAGCAUGGACGCAGCCAGCUGCCAUGUUGCUGCCACGCACCAAAACGUCCUCUGAACUCUGAGACUUUUGUUGGGGACAAUGGAGCGAGAGCUGACACGUACGAGUGAACGCUGACGGUGUGAAUUCGCACCUCAGAUACUGAGCAACAGAUCGGACGAGCUGAUACGAAGCUGGUCUGGCUGGCUGGUGCUUUGGAGCCAAAUAUGAAACCAGCUGUGCACUCCAAUAGCCGAGUGACAAUAAACCAAAUGAAGACUCACAAAGAAGACUGGGAUGGCAAAAGGUGGAGGAGCAUCUCAGAUGUUCUGACAGAAGCGAGGCUUGUGUCUUUUUAUGGUAUUUAUUCAUUGGUAUUUAUUGUUGGGACAGACACAGCGGCCUGCCACCAGGGAAGGCGGCGCUGCUAUGUUUGGAGCAUCAGUGUGGCUGAACUGAGGUAUCUGAGAGGGACAAAACAGCUGAGAGCUGUCACCCAUGACAGGGAGAGGAGGACUCCCACAGAAUCCGCGGCUUGACCCCCGGGGUCGCAUCAGAGGUCACAGCGGUCAGAGAGCCAUAUCUAAUGAUGGAUGAUGAAGGCUGCAGGAGAAGAGGCGGUAUGUACUGGAAAAAGACAGAGUUGAACCUGAUGGGUUAAGGCUUUGCACGCAUUAGUGGGGAAUAUGUCAAAGGUUGUUUACACAGCUGGGCUCAUCCCCUGCCUUGCCUCCACAAGAAACUGAGACAUUUAGCAAGCACCAGAAGAACAAGCCUGGGAUUCUGGCGUCAAGAAGUCGACCGCCUAAUUCUGUGCAAAUUACAAUCCUGACUCUGAGGGGCAGUGAGAGAAAAUCAGCCACUCUCUGGUUUGCUAUAAAAAUAAAAUUUGAAAACGGCGUGUACUGAGGUAAACAUGUAAUUUGUGACUCGCGGGCGGAACCGCUCUGGUGCCCAAUCUGGCCUGUAAUCGAGCGACAAGCCGGCUCACUGAAACGAAACAAUAACUCAUGCGUCGUCGUGUUUAAGUUGUGUCUAUUUCUGAGAAACGCUGUUAAAGGCUGUUGAAGGCUGACGUCACUGUCGGAGCUCCGUGGCCAAUGGAGAGGACGGAGCCAGACGUCAAACAAGUACCUGUUUCUAAGGACACUGCUAAAGACACGGUUGAAGGAGAGGAAUCCUGUAUUAUUGUUUAAUUUUUGUGACUGAAAUCCUUUAUAAUGACUGAAGAACCCAGGCAUCUUCCUUUACUGGUGGUUGGGUUAAAGUUCACGCACCUUACCACAGCCUUGACUCACGACCUGACCUUGCAGGCCUCUCUCUCUCUCUCUCUCUCUUGACAAUGUAAUGCAGAGCGAUUGGGAUUUUUAUUUCUACUGCAUACGCAUUUGCCAUAAAGUGGUGAUUCUGAAUCAUUUGAAGCACCAUUUCAUUUUUUUUUUUUUGUGCCAUGAGAUAGUGACAUAGUGACAUUUUUGCAGUUUUCUGUGAAACUGGAAGAUAUUUUUGCAUUUUCUACCAUCUCUUGGCCACAGUAGGCUUCCUUAGUUCAGAGACUGCUGCCUCUAAUACUUACAACCUUGUUAAGGGGUUUUUAACUUUACAGGUGAUUAUGUGAAAAUGUGUUUGCCAUUGCCUAUUUGCCUAUGUAGAUGCUGUGGUUUUGGUACUGUAUGUCUAGAUUUGUUAAAGGACACUAUAGAGCAGCUAUGUACAGAUGCCUUGUUACCUUCUUUGUAGUUCUAUCUGCUGUAUAAGGGCCAAUCCUUUUACAGAGUUAUACUGAAGUAGUCCAUGUAUAGUUUAGCACUGAACGAGGCAGGGUUCAGAUCCUUUAUGAGCAUUAAAGUGCCAAUUUAAAAGCAUGACGAUUGUAUGUCUACUAGUGAACAUUAAUACCAUCUGUAAUUAUGAAGUCAUGCUUUCUAAGAUUAUAUGUUAAAAAAAAAAAAAAAAAAGAGUCAAGAGGCAAAACACAAUUUACCAUGUUCCUCACAAAUUCUCCUCUGGUUGCUUUACACACAUUUCAAUGAGUUCAUCGUUUUGCUUUUUUUUUUUUUUUUGAAUAAAGAAAUUUUCCUUCACUUCACUUUGUGUUGAAAACUUAAUAUGAUAAUUUUCUUAUGAAGUAGAUUAAAUUACCUGAUGAUGUUUUAAUUAACGGCCAACAAGAUCAAGUGUCUACAGCGAUGCUAACAGCAUUAGAUGCCAACAUGCUCACAGUAACAAUGCUGUUUAUGAGGUUUAAUGUUCAUGAUUGUCUCCAUUUUAGUUUAGCCUUUUAACAUGCUAACAUUUGUUGAUUAGCACUCAAAUACUCAGUCCAGCUGAGGCUGAUGGGAAUGACAGUUGGCAGGUAUUGAAUAUGAAAAAUGAAAAUAUUGAACAGUUUAAAAUCUUGACCUCAAGGUGGCAGUAGAUGGAGUCAACGGAUCGGCCGAGAUAUUUCAGUUUGGACCAAAGUGAUGGAACAAAAGAACCGUUUCUUCUGCCAUUCUGCUAGCAAGGCUAAUAAUCAUCAUUGAACUUCGUAUCAUUAUCAGGCGGCUUUUAGUGAAAGAAUCACCGUUUUUUGCUCGAACAGUAACAGUACAUAGAAUUAAUGACAUUUUGUCAUUGCAGCUUUGUGUGUGAAGUAUUUUUUUAAUACCUAAAAACAACAUAAACAGAUACAUGUAAAACAUCAAUCAUUUCAUUAUACAGUGUGCUAAUGACAUACUCGUAUUAAAAUUUGAAAAUUCACCACUAUUACUCAACUGGGUGACUUUUGUUUAUUGGAGGCAUUCAAUUGGAAAUUCAGAGAAAGAGCUGCCAUAUGAGCCAAAAUUGUGUCUUCGUUAACUGUUACUACAUGACUACUUGAUUACUUUGUAAAGAUCAACUGUGUCGCAUCGCGGGGAAAAAACCA